AUGGGUGUAGAAGGAAGUGACAGUGAAAAUAAUAGAAACGAUGGCGAUAUAAGUUGCUGGAAUUGCUUCUCUUCUGAAGAUGCUGAUCGCGAAGACGAUGUCGAGCCAGUUCCCUUGCCGAAAAUAAGGGAAGAGCAAAGGGAAAAAUUGAAAUUAUAUUCCUUUUUAGCUGCUGAAAUUACCAAACCAAAAGCAGUAUCGUUAAAACAAAAAGUGAGUGAUCAUUAUGUUGUAACUAAGAAAAUUGAUGAGAAGGUUGGAAAAAGGGCUGACCCAAUAAAAUACAAACAAGCUCUUGAAAAAAACUUCGAAAAUGACAGACCAAAAAAGUCUCUAUCACUAGAUGCAAAAAAUAAAGGCCCAGAAAAAAAUGUACGGGUACAAGCAACAAAGAGCACAGAAUCUCAAGAACUAGCGAAAAGAAAACUAGCUUUACAAAAACAAAAAGCUGUAGAAUCCCCAUCUGUUGCAAGUAAGAUAGAUAGGACACCCAGUUCAUCGUCUGCAGAAGACAUUGUCAAAUACAGGGCACAGUCCUUAGAUUCUUCUAGUGCAUCGGCCAAUAUUAAUUCUAAAGUAGAAAUAAAAAAAAAGGUUGAAACCAGCAUUACUAACGUUGCUACAUCGCCAUUGUCUAUAAGACCAAAGGAAUCGUCAGUUGCAGUUAAACAUAUACUAGUAAAGAGUCCAAAGAAUCAGAGGAAACUAUCCACUGUAUCGAAUAGUGAAAGUAGAAAUAAUGAUACGAUACCGACACCAAAAGAGUCUUCUCUAUCGUUUGAUAAUGAUGAUGAAAAAGAAUCAUCAGCUUCCAAUAUUGACAUUAGUUCAAAUAAUGAUUCCGAAGAUACUACUGUCUUGAAAGAAAAAGCAGAUAACGCUAGUUCAAAUGGUUCGGAGUCGGGAUAUGCAGGAUCCUUAGCCACAGUGCAAGAUGUAACAGAAAAUGAAGAUACACAUGUAGAAAAACUCACAGAAGAUUUAAAGAGUUUGAGCAUACGUGAACCGUUUAAAUCAUCAUUGCCUGCACUUAAUAAAGUGGAGAAGAAAAUCUUAAAAAUGCCUUCAUCGUCUGUUGCGGCAGAUAUUAAUCUUGCGCAUAAGAAAUCGCCACCGAAGUCUAUAAGAUGGAGUACAAUGACUUUACCGUCACGCUCUUUCAGUACAGAAGACGACCCUAAUUCAUCUCUUGUUGGCCACGUAAAAAGGAGUUAUACUCUCAGCAAAAAUAAUAAGCCCCAACCGACCAUAACCAUCUCUAAAGUUGACGAUACAGAAUCCAUUUCCUUAAAAUCAACUACCAAAUUAUUGCUAUCAUCUGAACAAGAAGCGAGUGCGAUAAGCCUUGGACCGUACGAAGGGAAACGAAAUCCCAAUGAUUCUGGAAACCAUAGCAGUUGCAGUACACUUAGAACUGGUGAGAAAGUCUCGUUCAUACGCGAUAUCCUGGCGUAUGGAGAUUCGUUUUUGAAGUCGCUCGAAUGGUGCGACAACUCCCUCACAAGGGGCAGAAAAUGUCGGCACAUAAAACGCGACGAAUGGCUUGAGUUGCGAAGCGAGGGUACCAAGAAAUCCAAUGAAGUCUAUAUGUCAGACACGGUUUCGCCGGGUCAUGCAACUCUGCCAAGAAGAUCGAGUUCACCCCUACCCCAUGAUGGUGAGCGGGACAGGUUUUCUCUCAAUAGGAGUGGAUUACAGAAUCGCUCCGAAUCAAUGGCAUCCGUAUAUUCCGGCGCAGGCGAAGGGUUACGUGGUACGGUGACCGUCAAAGGAGAGGUCCAGUUCUCGCUCCUGUACAAUUAUAGAUUGGGGGCUUUGGAGGUGGGAGUCAAGAGAUGCAGAGAUCUGGCCCCCAUAGACGUCAAAAGAAAUCGGUCUGAUCCUUAUGUCAAGGUGUACUUGUUACCGGACAAGUCGAAAGCUGGCAAGAGGAAGACGAAGGUGAAGAAGAACACCCUGAACCCCGUGUUUGAGGAGACGCUGUCGUUCGUGCAGCCGCUCGCUUCGCUGUCUUCGAGGACACUGUGGCUGAGCGUGUGGCACGCGGAUAUGUUUGGAAGGAACGACUUUCUGGGGGAGGUGACGCUGCCGCUGGCCGAUGUCGUGUUCGACGACCCCGCGCCCAUGUGGUACAAGCUCCACGAGAGGACAGAGCAAUUUGAUGAACAACAAGGAACCCGUGGGGACCUUAUAAUAGGGCUAAAGUUUGAGUUGCAAGAGCCCAACACAGCCCGCGGCAAAGGAACACUGCAUGUGCUAGUGAAGGAAGCGAAGAAUCUCGUUGCGACCAAACCCAGCGGUUUGACUGAUGUUUUCUGUAAAAGCUAUCUCCUUCCCGAGCGUGGUCGUCUCGCGAAACAGAAAACAGGAGUCGCUCGACGAACACUAAACCCGCGUUGGGAACACACGUUCAGCUACCGUGGACUCACGAUGCAAGAGUUGGCGACACGGGCCCUGGAGCUCAGUCUUUGGGACCGGGACCGGCUGGCGUCCAACGACUUUAUGGGGGCCGUUCGACUAUCACUUGGCACAGGUACUUACAUGGGUGCGAAUGUAAACUGGAUGGACAGCGUCGGCAAAGAAGUCAGCUUAUGGCAAACAAUGAUGCAACGGCCCAACUUCUGGGUGGAAGGUUCCCUCCCACUCAGACCUCAAUUAAACAACAAUUGA